GGGGACUGUGACUUGCUUGGUGGCUGCAUUUGAGAAUCCAAGGGCUGAUUUCAGGAGACCUACAAUGGAAGAAGCUGGACAGGACCCAUUGGAUGAUGUGCAGGAGAUGAUGGAAAUACGGAAACUAGAAGUCGUAAAACAGAACCUCAACUACCUGAACUCAGGCCUUGAAAAGGACCUGCAGAGACUGGAUGAGGCAAAUCAGGUUCUUCUCACAAAAAUUCAAGAGAAAGAAGAAACCAUUCAAAGUCUGGAAAGAGAGAUUACCCUGUCAGGAGGACAAACCAGAGAGAGGGAGGAGCUGAACCACAUCAUAUCUGAAAAGGAGGAAGCCCUGCGGGAUCUGGAAUUAGAAACAGCAAAGCUGGAAAAAAAUAAGGAGGUUCUAAGCAGGAACGUGGUAGAGCUGCAGAAGAAGAUUUCAAAGAGAUUUAAGAAAGUUGGCCUUGAUAAAGAAGCCCUAAAGCAGAUGCUGGCAGAAUCGAAGGUGAGACUACAAAAGUCAACAGAAUCCUGUGCAAAUCAAGAGAAGGAACUGGUCAAGAUAGAGAGUGACUACCAAUCUGUGUAUCAGCUCUGUGAGGACCAGGCCCACUACAUAAAGAAAUACCAGGAAAUUCUGAGGCAGAUGGAAAAGGAAAAGGAGGUGCUGCUUCUUGAAAAAGAAGUGCUGCACGUUCGUCGUUCCUGUUGUUUUUGGUGUCUGCCCCCAGUGGGUAAGCCAAUUGAUGCUGCCACUUGCUCCUUGGACUCUAUUCCCUGUACCACAAAUUGGCAAGUGCCCUUGGGGAAAAGCCUUGAACGCAUAAGGAGCUUACCUCAGUUCAAAGCCCAGAACAACUCCUCCCAAAUAGUGAAACCAGGGUCAAUUCUGGUGGAGACCAUCCAAAGCAACAUAGAGAAGACCAUCAUUAAGAAACAGAAGAGAAUCUUUUGGUACAGCAGGCAUUUCAGGUAUCUUGUCUUCAUGGUCAUGAUCUUCAUGACGCUGCUGGGUAAUGUGAUUUUCUACCUGCAAUACAUAAACCCAGACCUUCUUGUGGAUGUUCUGCCCAUGGUAAUGAGCAGAGACACUUUGAAGAGGCUGAGGGACAUCUUAUUUCCCUUCCUCACUCUAGAGGUAGAAGAAGUUCUACCACAUUAGUCUGGAGUGACCUGGGGGCUUCACACUGCACCCAAGUGGAGAGGGGGGCAUGGCUGUGGCCCCCAACUGGGGCAUGGGCCAGGAAGGAAGUGGAGCUUUGACUCAGAGCUGCUGCUUUGACAUCUGACCUCUUCAUUUCAUUCUCUUCCCUCGCUUUUGCUCGAGUAUCUCUCUUUCAAAUAAUAAAUA